GGCCAAAACGCAGCAUUGUUUCAAUUAAAAUAAAUAGACACAGGGGUGUUAUCAGCAACUAUUGGAUGAUGCAAUGUUCGAUGUUUAUGACAUCGGACCCUUGCUUCCCCGCCGCUGCGCGUUCACGACCUCGGUAUCUCGGAUCAAGAUCUCUUUGGACGAACAUGCAACCAUGACACGAACAAACGUAGACCUUGGCGAUUUUGUGACGGCCGCUUCUCUUCCUGGCUCACUCCUAAUUCCAUAAUUGCCUUGGAUUCUACUAUUACUCGAGUAUUACCAGACGCUACCUAGGCUCGAACUACACUCACAAUGCCGUCCGCAAUCAGCAUAAAGAAGAUCGACGGCAAGCCGGGGAAAGUUUACUAUCCACUUGAGAAGAUCACAAUCCCUGAGCCUCAGCCAAAGGAUGAUGAGGUCGUAACAAGCCUCACAGCCGCCGCCCUAAACCACCGCGACCUCUUCAUCCGCCAACACCUCUACCCAGGCACAACCUUCGGCGUGCCGCUCCUCGCAGAUGGGGUCGGAAUCGUCACACGCGCGGGUUCCUCCGCCAAAGCCCAAGCAUGGCUCAACAAGCGCGUCGUCGUAAACCCCAUGACAGGCUGGGCCGACUCGCCCGACGGGCCCGAAAGUCCCGCCGGCAUCGCGAUCCUGGGCGGUACCAAGACGGACCCGCGCGGCACGCUGGCCGACGUCAUUCUCUCCGACGCAGGGGAGCUCGAGGAAUGCCCCGCGCAUUUGACCGACGAGGAGGCUGCGGCGCUGCCGCUCACGGGCUUGACGGCGUGGCGCGCGUUUUGGGUGAAGAGUGGGAAUGCGCUGCCUGGGCGGAAUAUCCUCAUAACGGGGAUAGGGGGCGGUGUCGCGCUGAUGGCGCUGCUAUUUGCUGUGGCACAAGGGUGCAAUGUAUAUGUUACGAGUGGGAACCAGGAGAAGAUCGACAAGGCGGUCAAGUUGGGCGCGAAGGGGGGCGUCAUCUACAAAGCGGAGAAGUGGGAGAAGGAGCUGCAGGGCCAACUGCCGAAGGAUAGACCGUAUCUCGAUGCUAUUAUUGACGGCGCGGGCGGCGAUGUCGUGAACAAGGGGACGAGGCUGUUGAAGGCUGGAGGCAUCAUCUCCAUCUACGGCAUGACGGUGUCGCCGAAGAUGGAUUUCCUCAUGAGCGCCGUGCUCAAGAACGUCGAGGUGCGCGGAUCGACAAUGGGAUCGCGCAAGGAAUUCGCAGACAUGGUGCAGUUUGUGCGCGAGAAGAAACUGCGCCCUAUCGUGUCGCGAAGUGUGCAUGGGCUGGACAUUGCGAAGAUCGACACGCUUUUCGACGACAUGAAGAACGCGUCGCAGUUUGGGAAAUUGGUCGUCACGCUGGGGGAGGCGAGAAGUAAGCUGUAG